CUGUGACUUCACAACACAUCUCCGUUGGCCCCUGGCCCCAGUGAUGGACUGAAGGGCUAGCGGCAGGAACCUCCCCGCUAGGACAGAAGCAGCGGCGUCAGGAGGCCACGGUAUCCUAGACCUCCUGGUUCCGGUAUAGCCCAGCCCGGCCUCCCGGCUCCCGACAGCGCAGCAGCUUCGGAGACGGCGGCGGCGGCGGCGGCGGCGGCAGUCGCCGCCACCGCCGGGAGCCACAGGUGUCCCGAAGCUCUAAAGACCUGGGAUCCCGACCCUAGGUGCUGCGAAGGAUGGCGCUCAAACGCAUCCAGAAGGAGCUCCUCGAUCUGACGCGGGACCCCCCGGCCCAGUGCUCCGCGGGUCCUGUGGCAAAUGACAUCUUCCACUGGCAGGCUACCAUCAUGGGGCCCAAUGACAGCCCCUACCAAGGAGGUGUCUUCUUCCUAACCAUCCAGUUCCCGUCCGAUUACCCUUUCAAACCACCCAAGGUCGCAUUCACCACCCGAAUUUACCAUCCGAAUAUCAACCGAAAUGGAAGUAUCUGCCUAGACAUCCUUAGGUCCGAGUGGUCGCCAGCAUUGACCAUUUCCAAAGUGUUGCUGUCCAUCUGCUCUAUGCUGUGCGACCCCAACCCGGAUGAUCCUUUGGUCCCAGAAAUUGCGAAGAUCUACCGAAAGGACCGGACGAAGUAUGAGCGAAUAGCUCGAGAAUGGACUCAGAAAUAUGCCAUGUGAUUUCAAAAUAAAAGUCCAUCACCUUAAUAAUAAACAUAGAUGAACUGGCC